GCGUCGCGUUUUAAUAUCACUUUUUCCCUUUCCUUCCUCUCCUCUUUCCUUUUCGCUGUACAGAAUUUACGCCUUGUGUAAUAAAAAUAUUUUUUCCUUUUCAAUUUCGACCUCCCUAUUUUUUCCUCUUCCUCCUAUCUUUCACAUUCACCCCUAUUUUUUGCAACACCGACUGCUAUUCUUGUCAUAAUCCAUUUACAACGCUGUGCACUCUCACCUCACAACAGGCACUUUUGUCUGGCCAAUAAAACACACCAAAAAAAUCUCACAGGGCGACUGUUUCUACACGUGAAGGCGCACCUAAAACAUUUACACUCAUUCAUUUGCAUUGCCAGCCAAACCAUACAAAAAUAGCAUGCCAAUGGCCAUGACCGCACCACCCUUGCAAGAGCCGUGGCCGACUAGCAGCGAUCUGUUUAUCUGCCCGGACGGAAUUCCAGUGCCAUCAGUUUUCAAGUACAAGAAUAGGAAUAAGGAGGAGCGCGAGUACCAGAUAGUUUCGUGGCUAGGAAAAGGCGCAUUCGGCCGCUGUUUCGAGGUGAAGAACCUGAGGGAGCCGGGCAUGCGGAACCGGGCGUGCAAAACAUUGGACAAAAUCACGUUUACCGCUCCCAAGGUGGUCGACCGCGUCAAAUCGGAGAUGCGGGUUAUGCGCAAACUGCCGAUGCACGAAAACGUUGUUGCAUUAUAUGAUGUGUUUGAGGACCCCGAACGACUGUGCUUUUUGAUGGAGAUGUGCACGAGUCUAACGCUGCACGACCUGUUACAGCAGCGCAAGCGGCUGACGGAGUUUGAGGCGCGGUACUUCAUGUACCAGUUGAGCUGCGGGAUGGCGGUGUUGCACGAUGCCAAUAUUAUCCACCGGGACAUCAAGCACAGCAACCUGCUGCUGGACAGCAUGAACCGCAUCAAGAUCUGUGACUUUGGCAUGUCAGUGAUUAUAGACGCAAAGUCCGACCGCAAGACGUCGUUUCUGGGGAGAGGGCACAGCUUUGGGGUCGAUGUGUGGGCGGCCGGCAUCAUGCUGUAUGUAAUGCUGUACGGGCGGGCGCCGUUCAACGCCCCGCGCACUAAUGUUCCGACCAACGACAUAAAGGCGCUCUAUAGGAAAAUCGUCAGCGAUGGUAUUGUUUUCCCGCCGGAUCCCCAGACAUCAGACUUGGUGUGCAAUCUAAUCAACAAACUGUGCUGCAAAGACGAGGAGCGGCGGAUCAGCGCAAGGGAUAUUCCCUUGGAUGCCUGGUAUUCCAUGCAGACGAAUGAGCAGACUCCCGGAUACAUGCCGCAUGCCAUAUUCCACCGGCCCAUCAAUAAUAUGGACGAGUACAAUGCAAUGGUGUUUGCAGACCUGAGGGCUGGCACCCAGACUGUUGAGAACGUGUCUGCUAGUGCGCGCGCUCUGGCAGGUGCCUCCGAAAAGAUAUUUGCUAGCGAUAAGCGGCCCAUGCGCCGGCAGCCGUUGGAGUCGAUACCUGAGAAUGACAACCGGCCGAUAUCUACUGGUGGGUCCCGAGUUUACAAAGGCGCUGCGUCGGCGGCUGGGGCGGGGGCGCGUGUGCUUCGACACCAGCCGGCUGUUUCUUCAGUGGGAAAUAAAGAGAACCAGAACGUGGGGAGCCCGUUCAAUAGAGUGCGGCUGGACACAAGGUAUCUUGCCGAGGCGCAGACAUCGCAUGGCACUGGCAGCGGCGUCAGCAGCGGCAGUGCAGCUAGGCUACCGGCCAGAGAUUACGUGCCUUCACCACUUGCUAACAGAUCGCAUGUGCGCUUCCAGUUGCAUGCGCCGAGCAGCACGCCGUCGAACUUGAGCUGUCAGGUAAAUGCCGAGUUUGGGCGGGUCGCGAAGCUCUCCGAGGAGUACAUUCCAUCGAUCCUCGAGUGGAAAACCCGGCUGCAAAAGUUUUGCCAACAGACAGAGCUGUACCUGAGGCAACCGUCAAAGAAGCUGGAGUACGAGCUGUCGCGUAUUCCCGAGCACAAGGAAAAGUAUCCGCGGGUUGGCAUAUACGUGGUCAACUGGAUGGUGAUGGCCAGGUACGGGCUGGGAUUCCGGCUGAGCGACAAGUCCAUGGGCACGCUGUUCAAUGACAACACGUCUCUGCUUAAUGACUGCGCAUCCAACAGCUAUGUGUACGUGCGGCCGUUCGAGAACCGGUCGAGCAUUGGCUACUAUUCGAAUGAUAAUUUCCCAAUGCAACUAGACAAGAAGCGGCGGCUGCUUGGUUCAUUUGCGCAAAAGAUCACCAAGAGCUUUUCAGCACGUGUCGACCGAGACAUUUGCCCGCAUACGGCGCCGUCAAGGAACAUCAAUUGCUUGCUUCAGGCUGUGUCGACGAAUAUUGGCAUGGUGUUUAUGCUGACCGGGAACGUUCUGCAGUUUAAUAUGCGCAAUCAUUCAAAGCUAUUCUUGUACAGAGAUGCACACAUUUUCUAUAAGGACGCGGAUGGACACAAGUGGCAUUUCGAUAUCGAGAAAGGCCCGGCCAUGCUGAUUCGCGACACAAAUAUUGACAUUGAGCAAUUUUUGCUGUGCCUCGGGUAUGCGCAAAAGGUUGUGGCAACUUGGAAUCUGCCAUCGCAAAAGGAAUAGCAGCAGCAGUGAAGGGAAAAUGGUAUCCUUGCUUGCUUGCCACUUUUUACCGUAAUCUUUUCCAUCCCCUUUAGUGUAUGAAUAUUAAAAAGCGUCAUCGUCAUUAAUUUGUAAAUUUUGCAAACUUUUUUGCAGCCAAGCCAAGCCAAGCCAAGCCAAGCCAAGCCAAGCCAAGC